AGUGGGAGAUUUGAAACGCGAACCUGCACACUGACACCGAAUUAAAAAACGCUCCUAACGACCCCUGCGUAACCAAGCAGCGACGCUUCCAAAAUUUAAAACGCCUACAUGUACCCUAUUGGUCUAACGUUUAGACUGCAGUCACUAUUCUAGUUAGUUGUACCGUGUCCCACUUCAUAACAUAAUUCCUGCUAUGUCAAAAGAAGAAAUGGGUGUACCAGUUGAGAAGAACGUACCAGUAAGUAGAUGCCUGAGGAUGUUGAGAUGGAGGAGGAAGAUGGUAUAGACAAAAAUGAGUCCUGUGAGUUUGACACCUCAGAUGACGAUCAGCCAUUUGACACUUCACCCUUAAAAAUUGAUUGGUUGGACUUGUCUGCGUAUGGUCUUCCAGGCCAACUUGGUGUAAGUGCUAUUCCAGGAUGUCGCUUUGGCGAAGUGUGGAGAAAACUGAAGCCAGAUAUUGAUGACCUAAAAAGGCUGGGUAUUACAGAUGUGUUCCUGUUGUGCACCAACGCCGAGCUGCUCCGAUACAGAGUGCCGACGCUGCUAACUGAAUAUGCUGUGGCCCAGUUUGGUAUCCACCACUUGCCCAUGGAAGAUGGAGCCAAUCUGGAAGUCUCCAACAUUCUUGGAGCACUUCAAACUCUGAGAGAUCUCCUUGCAGCUGGGAAGAAGGUUUUAUUGCACUGUUACGGAGGACUUGGGAGAUCUUGCCUUGUUGCCGCCUGCCUACUGCUGCAGUUGGACCCGGGGUUAGAUUCUGAGACUGCCAUUCAGAAAGUACGGGAGCUGAGGGGUCACAAGGCCAUCGAGACCGUCAAGCAAUACAAUUUCAUCAACGACUUCCGACAGCUUGCAGAAGACUGCCAAGAAGCCCUACAGGCAGUUCCGGAGCAAAGGUCAAUCUCAAGAUAACAGUGUGCGAUGACCCAGGGGCCAUGAUCAGGUGAUGAUAUGGGCAAGGAUUCACCUCACGUACAUGUAAAUAUGACAUGAAUAAGAAAAUCCGACGUCAGCAUUGGGGAUUUGCCGCCUUCCAGAUUUACACAUGCAACUGAUGAAAGCUUACUUCACAUGGAGAUUGUUCCUUUUCAGUGUAAAACAUGUAAUACAUGGUGUGCAUGUACAUGUAUGGCCGUGUCCAACUUACCUGGCUGUGGCUCGAAAAUACACACAAGUCUAUGGUUGUGGCUUCAGCCCCUUCCCCAUCAAGAUGUGUCUAGUUUCAAGCCAGAGCCUAGUAAUUUGGACGUGGCCUAUGUUAUCACGGUUAUAGCACCACCUAUCCACCAUACUUGCACAUGGGUCAUUCUACAAAUCAGGGGUCCAAUGUUUUUCAUGCCCCUGUCAUAUAUUAUUUUGUAAGUUCAGAACACAUUUUCUUGUCGCCAAGAGUGAUGAAUUAAUGCAAAUUACCUGCCAAACAAA